AAGCGCCGCCAUCUUGCGGAGCAGGCCUGAGGCGGCGCAGGGAGGCGAGAGGGGCGCAGGGAGGCGAGAGGGACGCGGGCGAAUCGCGGGGGCAGGUGAGGGCGGUGGCCACCAGGAGGAGCUCGGGCUGGGCAGGCGCGGAGCGGCGCCCGCGGGGAGCGCGAUCCGCCUCGCGCAGGUAGCGGCUCUCCUUCUCGCGCAGAGUGAAGACUGGAACGGCUACAGGGAAGUGCGUAGCUGCAGCUCAAAGAAAAUGAAUGGCACAUUGGAUCACCCAGACCAACCUGAUCUAGAUGCUAUCAAGAUGUUUGUGGGUCAGGUCCCACGGAGCUGGUGUGAGAAGGAUCUAAGAGAACUUUUUGAACAGUAUGGUGCUGUCUAUGAAAUCAAUGUCUUGAGGGACAGGAGCCAAAACCCUCCUCAAAGCAAAGGGUGCUGUUUUGUUACAUUUUAUACACGUAAAGCUGCACUAGAAGCACAGAAUGCUCUUCACAACAUGAAGAUCCUCCCAGGGAUGCACCAUCCUAUCCAGAUGAAACCGGCUGACAGUGAAAAGAGUAAUGUAGAAGAUAGGAAGUUGUUUAUUGGGAUGAUAUCCAAGAAGUGCAAUGAAAAUGACAUCCGAGUGAUGUUCUCCCCCUUUGGGCAGAUUGAAGAAUGCAGGAUAUUACGGGGCCCAGAUGGCCUGAGCAGAGGUUGUGCGUUUGUGACUUUUACAACAAGAGCCAUGGCACAAACGGCAAUCAAAGCAAUGCACCAAGCACAAACCAUGGAGGGUUGCUCUUCUCCCAUUGUGGUAAAAUUUGCAGACACGCAGAAGGACAAAGAGCAGAAACGAAUUGCUCAGCAACUCCAGCAACAAAUGCAACAGAUCAGUGCUGCCUCAGUAUGGGGAAACCUGGCUGGUCUCAACACACUUGGACCCCAGUACUUAGCACUUUAUUUGCAGCUCCUUCAGCAGACAGCAGCUGCGUCAUCUGGGAACCUGAACACAUUGAGCAGCCUCCACCCAAUGGGAGGACUGAAUGCGAUGCAGUUGCAGAACCUGGCUGCAUUAGCAGCUGCAGCCAGUGCAGCUCAGAAUACACCAAGUGGUACCGCUGCACUGACUUCCUCCAGCAGCCCCCUGAGCGUGCUCACCAGCUCAGCAGGUUCCUCACCUAGCUCCACUAGCAGCUCCUCUGUUAAUCCAAUGGCUUCUCUCGGAGCACUGCAGACGCUGGCAGGGGCUACAGCAGGCCUCAAUGUUAGCUCUUUAGCAGGAAUGGCAGCCUUAAAUGGAGGACUUGGCAGUGGUGGUCUGUCAAAUGGGACAGGUAGCACAAUGGAAGCCCUCACACAGGCUUAUUCUGGAAUCCAGCAAUAUGCUGCUGCUGCAUUGCCCACACUGUAUAACCAGAGUCUCUUAACACAGCAGAGCAUUGGUGCAGCAGGAAGUCAAAAAGAAGGUCCAGAGGGAGCCAAUCUGUUCAUCUACCAUCUCCCCCAGGAGUUUGGAGAUCAGGAUCUGCUGCAGAUGUUCAUGCCAUUCGGAAAUGUUGUCUCUGCCAAGGUUUUCAUUGACAAGCAGACCAAUCUAAGCAAGUGUUUUGGUUUUGUAAGUUACGACAAUCCUGUCUCUGCGCAGGCUGCCAUUCAGUCCAUGAAUGGCUUUCAGAUUGGCAUGAAGCGUCUGAAAGUGCAGCUCAAGCGCUCUAAGAAUGACAGCAAGCCAUACUGAGCGCCUCUCCCCUCCGGGACUGGAGUGAAAAGGAUCUUCUGGUAAGUUGGAGAGGAGCGCACUUAAUGAUUCGAAGCCCUAAGGCUGUGUUUUUACAGUCCUGGAAGCUGAUCCAUGCCUUCUAUCUGGCACAUCUUCCUUUGAAGAUUCGGCUGCAGCCUCUACUGAGAAUACCGCUUCGGAUGGAGGACAAGUUUGUGCUUUUGUUUCCAGUGUUUUACUUUGGAGUUUAGGUGCCAUAUCGCUGAGGUUUUUUGUUUUGUUCUUUUUUUUUUUUCCCUCUUAUUUGAAGUUUGCUGUGUUUGUACCCAGUGAGUGUUGAGAAGGACCAAUGCCAGCUCCUUGGGGGUGGGGAGGUAAGGUUAAAGGGAGCAACAGAAACUGACACCACGCUGCCUUGGGAUAGAGAGGAGAAGGGGAAGCAGAACUGACACCACACUGCCAUGAGGGAGAGAAGGGAAAGCAGAAAUAACACGGAACAGCUGAUGGAAACAAAGGUGGGGAAGGAGAACUGAGUCCAUCCAAGUUUGGGUGAGCAAGGAACAAACUCCAAAUCGCCUUUGUCAUGCCCCAUCCAGUCUUUGAAACUUCCUUAACUGUAUACCAUGGUGGAGAUUUAGUAAAUCAUCUCUAAAGCAGGAGACAGGCUAGAAGGGGGAACACAUUAACAAGCCAGAGGAAAACUGCAGUGAUUUUUAUUUUUUCACUGUAUAUAAUGUAGUGUUUAUAGGGCACUGUGAAUGUACACAGCACUUUAUAAAAUUAAUGCAUAAUGUCCCUGUCCAGAAAACUUCUCUAUUUACAGUUAAAUAUUAAUGAGAUGCAGUGAAUUUCUCUGUAUUUAAGAAAACUUCAUCCUGUGUACUUUAUACCUAUCUGCAAAACCUAGAUAGAGAGAGACAGCUUAGUCUAGGGCUGGAAACAAGAAACUUUUGAUCCCUAGUAACCUGCAGAAUUUUUUGGACAAUUUUUUUAUUCAUAACAGUUCAUCACAUUCCCCAUUUAUGUUGAAUAAUGUCCUUUUUGCAGGUAUUACCUUGAAUUCAUUCUAAUAAGAAUAAUGUAAGUGCUGUUUGUCUCUUAAAAUGACUGUUAUACUGAGAUACAAAGCUGAGAGUUAACCCUGAUACAGCUCUUGAGGCUCCUCUUUUAUACAUGUUCUCAUAGGAUUUGAUUUCUCAGUCUUAACUGCAUUGCAAAGGUAACUUCCUGGGUGCUUUUAAAAACAAACAAAAAAAAAGAAACAAAAAGCAACCACCACCCCCCAAAAAAACCAGUUUGUGCAGUGAUUUGGUCUAGUAAUUAGGUAUUUUUUUAUACUGCAGUUUUCCUUUACGGUGUUGUGUACCAGUACAAACAAGCUAACACAGGAGCUGUGAAACCAGAGCAGAGCAUUGAGCCAUUCAGUCUUAUUCUGCCUUUUGGUACUAGUUGUUAUCUUCUAUAUUGAAGGAAAAUUGAACACACUCCUUCAAUGAACACGCACUUCCACACACUUGUGAAAUUGUUAGUGCAUUGCUAAGGGCCUUUGUUAUACACUGGUUUUAGGGGGCUUAAAGGACUUUUGACACUCUGGCCUGGUUUGGUUCGAGAAAUCAGUAGAGCCCCAUUUUAUAACCACCAAAAUCCACCUCUGUGACAAGAGGACAUUUACAAUUUCUGUGCAUCUCUUAACAGAAGUUCCAUUUACCUCAUUUUCUCUUUUCCUUUUUUUCUUUGUAUUCUUGGUUUGUGGUGCUGUUUCCCAGGGCAUCAGCUAAUCAGCUAAUGCUGCAAUGUGGGAGCCGGCUGCUAAAUGAUGAACGUGUGGGUCAGACAUAAGGUUGGGACUUCCUGUUCUGCUCCAGCAGGAGGAGCACUAAACCCAUCAAAUCCGAGAUAACAUUCAGAAUCAACACUCAUAUGCGGUGGUCUGCUGGGAAUGUCAGGGAAGGUCUGGCGUUCCCAGGUACUGCAUCCCCUGGGAUCUCAAACAAACCUCAGAAGUGGUUGUCACAAGACCUGACUGAUAGUAUCCAAGAAAAUCCCUUUCCAUUCUUGAAUUGAAAAUCAAAGAGUUAGUUGAUGCCAGUCUGUCCAUGUAGAUGGCUGACAGAUAAAUCUAUCAGUGUUAUUCAAAUCAUUUUGUGGUGGCAAAGGUUCAAAGGCCAGAUUGCCAAAUUUCCCAGUUAUGCUGGCAUGUGGUACCCUUCUAUGUUAAUUAUUUGAAUCUUUCUAGAAAAGUAAAUAUACACUUAAGUGAGCCAUGUAAACUUGAAUUCUGCACGACGAGAAAGAUGUGUCCUGGUUUUCUGAGAAGAGUGUUGGAGUGUGAAGGCCUCCAGGGUGAUAAUGGGAUUUUUUUAAUAAAUAAUAUACUUUUCAAAAAAAAAUUAAAAAAAAAAAAGAAAAAAAACAUAGUUGGGAGCAACUGCUCCAAGUGCAACCUGCUGUAACCAAGAAUGUUGUUUCUAUUUUUAUAGAAGUUUUAUACCGCUCCAGGGUGGAGAAUAUUUAUUACCUAAAUUAUUUCACUGGAAAAAAAAAAAAGGCCAGGGUUUUGUAGAAUCCUGAAUGUGAUUGUUUUACACACAUACUGAUGUGCAUGAUUGAAACUACUGAUUUUCAGUGGCCUGUUUGCAGUCCAACAACUGCUAAAUGGGGGAGACAAACGCUGUGAACCAGCGGAGGAGAGCACUGUGCUCUGGGGUCUCUACAGUCACUUACCUUCUUUGCAUCCUAUCCCACUGUACUAUCUGAGACCUUUGUCCUGUUUUUCUUUUAACCUGGUGCUCUGGCCUCUUUACUAGCCACUUCAGUUGCCCAAAAUUAGAUACUUUAGCUUUUGCAUCCGAUAGCAUGUACUCAAUACUGUAACUUACAGAUCAAGCUUGACAUUGCUGCAAACUGGUGCAAUUCCUGUUGAUUUUAGGAGAUUCACCAGUUUACACUGUGGCUUGGUUUGAUCAGUGAGUCUUCCCAGGCGUAAUCACCUUAAGACACCUAACUCGGGCUAGCUCUUGUGCCUUACUGGCAUAACUCUAAGUAUUGCCAAAAAGAAAAAAGAAAUCUAUGCAGGUUAAAUUUUAAAAGAUGUGAUCCUCAGAUGGUUCAAAUCAAUGCAGUUCUACUCUCUUCAGUAGAGCUGCAUCAGUUUUCACCAGCUGAAGAUGUUGCCCUUUUUGUGUACUUGUUUCAGAUUUCUGUUUCUUGGUGUACCAAUGUAUAUGUUGCCAAAGUUAAUAAAUGUAUCAAGUUUGUGACUUGGGCAGAAUUUUUUCUGAUAACAGAACUGAUCAGAUAAAGUCAACAUUUCUGUGUCUGUUUGGCUGCUGCUCACUCUGGAGAUUUAGGUUUUUCUUGCCUUACGGUCUUAAGCUAGUUUUCUUCCUUGUUCAUUGGCAGGAAAGUCUGGGAUUUGUGGGGGACUUGGGGCUUUUAAAUUUUAUUUUAUUUUUAAUUCCUGUCAUGCUGUCGUUCAAGUGCAAAUCAAAUCAGUGUCAAAAGCUUUAUUUCCUGGAUAGUAGGAUGAGUUGAGUGAGUUCAAAUAAACGGCAGAAGGACUGACUUAAGGACAAAGCCACAUGGACAAAGUAUUCUACGUGCUUAUAAACCAAAGAAUCUGAGUUUCCUACAACAAAAGCCAGUGGGACUUCUGAUGAAAUGGAACUCCACAUAUUUUUAGAAACAAGAUGAAAAUAGCCUAGUUCAUAGUUUGUUUUUUUUUUUCUCAGAAGACAUUUGAUUUUUACUAGAUAUGCUGUAAUAAGAUGAAAGUAUUGUGAACAAUUGAAGUCCUAGUCUGAUGCUACUUAGUGUCAAGUACUAUAGUAAACAAAAUAGUAGGUUCUUCAGUUCCUGAGAUAAUCAGCAGUCCAAAAUAGGAUAUCUCUUUGUAGUUUAGUUUUUUCUUCCAGUAAUACAAAGCUUGCAUUAUUAAAAAAUGCCUUUGAUAUAUAGUGAUUAAAUUUUAACCCUAAGCAGAAAGGGGAUUGGAGUUUUUCAGAAGUAACUGAGACAAUGAUGGCAAAUAUCUUUUUGUAUUUUAAUUAUGAGGCAGUUUGCUAGCUGUGAGCACUAUCAUCUGCAAAAAGGGCGCAUCAUAAAACUUCUCCCUGGCAGAUGCCUCUAUGGGGGAAAAAUUCUUCAUCAGAAUACUGAAGGUUGCAGAUUCUGAUAGAUUCUGCUUGUGUGAUAGAAUCAACUGAAGUAUUUCUUCUUGUUGAUGGUUGUAAGUUAGGGAAGAACAGCCAAGCAGAAUGAAAUUGUUCCUUUUUCAUUUGGAAAUAUUUAAAAGCAAGUUGGAUAGAGCAAAUUACAAAUGAUGGGUGCGAAUAUGAACAUAAAAUGUUUGGAAAGCUUCUGGUUACAAACAUUUAAACAUAAGGUUACUAUAUAUCCCUGAGCACACCCACUACAAAAUACAAAACAGAGAAGGCAGAAUUACCGUGCUUGUGAGAAUAAAACGGGGACAAACUGGAAUAACUUUUCCCAAGUCAUAAGUUCUUAUCCAGCAUAUCAUGGUUCUGCUUUUGUAGGUAAGCCCUUCCUCAGGGCUUUAAUGAAAUUUACUCUUUUCUUCAAAGUUACUGAGUGAAAUAUUUGAAAAGUCUCUAUCAAUAAAACCUCAAGCAAAUCACACAAAGAUUCUCUAUAGUGCAUGCUGAGAUGUCACUGGAUUUCAUGCCUCUUCUUGUUUCUCACACCUCAGUUAAUGAUGAAUUUGCCUUUGUCAUUUAGGACUGAAACCUUACAGCUAUCUGCAAACUAUCUAGAGUAUUUCUAGCACUGUAGAAAUAACUGCAAGAGUUGCAUUUUACUCUGUUUGCUAGAGUUGGUUUAAGCUUCUUACUAAGUCCUUUCCCUGAUUUGGAAAGUAUGAAGAGCAAAUUAAUCUCAGCAGUUCUAGUAAGUGGUGUGUUGCAGGUUUAGUGGCCAGUGUGCUGCUUGUUGCUUUGGAACUAGAAUGCAACAUUUGCUAUUUUCAAACUUACUAUAAAUGUUAUAAUAUGCAAAUCUUGCCUUGCUGUAGUCUCUAACCAGCAGCUUUGAGAUGUGCUGAAGAGUAAGGCCACAAACAGGGAGAUAAAGGGGCGUUGAGGGGAGCAUGGGGUGGGAUGUGGAGGAAGGAAUUAAAAAGAAGAAACUUACUUCCACUCUCCCCUGCCUCCCACAUCCUUCCCAAAAUGUUUCUUGUCUCUUGCAGUUCACGAGCUGAGGGGUGGAAACAAAGGUAUUUCUGUCACUUAAUGUAAAAAUUAUUUUUUGUAUACACUGUUCAAGAAAGCUUCAGGAAACACAUUUUUUUCAAAUUACCAAACUGGCAACAGUGACUGUAGAGCUUCUCAGAGCCCAGAAUCCCUUCCUCACAAAGUCAGGGAGCUAGGGGCUGUUUUAUAUAAGAGGUUGGGAGCAGAAAAUCCCUUUGCAGCUCUAUUGGUAUGAAAAAUGCUCAGCUAGGACAAGUCUUAGCUUGCAGUCAAGUCUUAAGGGAUUCUUCUGUAAUGUGUGGUGGUUUUUUCUUGUAUAAUAUCUUUCUUGUUUUCCCCUGUUCUAAAUCAUCCACCUCCAGUUUCAUGGGCUCCUAGGGAAUGAGAAGGGACUGUAGCUGAAGGAAAGAACAUGGGCUACCACUGCCUAAGGACUCCCCAUGUUAGGAUGCAAGAAAAGUCUCUGCUGCCAAACCACCCGUGAAACCCUUUUGUCCUCCGUCUUGUUUCUCAUGGUCCUCAGUCUCUGUGGCCAAAUGUUAGCCCUGGAACUAUAUUUUUUGGAGUUGGUCUCCUGGGGAGGGAGCUUGCUCUGUUCUUUCCCUAAACAGAGCUAGUGGAGACACUGGGCAUGGAGCAAGGUGAAUGCAUGCCAAUCAAUGUGUCAGUAGGCUCAGGAGUAUUCCACAGACUGGGUAUUGAGAGGGGAAAUCCACACCUGCUUUCAUUUGGUUUCUGGCAGUUUGAUGUUUACUUGGUGUCCUUCAUGUACUUCAACUUUUACUUGUCCAUCGUUGGCAUGUGCUACCCUUCCCUGUCAACUCCCUUCCCCAGGAGAUUUCAUUGUACAGUGCCCAUUCUUGUUCUCUCUCUCUGUGUUUGGAUGUACUGCUCUGUGUAACUCAGUGGGUCUCCCUCUUUCUGGUUUGUUUUUUUUCUAGAUUCCUGCCGUUUGUUCAUCGUUGUGCCUAAAGCAUGUCGAUGUGGCGUUCAAGUACAUCGUCCAAAUCCUUGUCUCUUCAGCUUCUCUGAUGCUUGAACUCUCACCUUUGACCUUGUGUUGACCUUUGAUGCUGAUGUGUAUUUUUAUUACGUUUGUUUCUUUCUUUUUUUUUUUUUUUGUGCUGCCAAAUUGGUUUUGCUAGAAAGACUGCUGAAGGGGAAUAUUUAAACUUGCAUUUGAAUAUAAAAGAAUUUCUAUUUUUCUAGACCUUCGUAAGAUAACCACUUGAUUUUGUGAAUCUGAUUCUUUGUAAUUGUCUUCAGAGCAGCCUUGCUAGCAUACCUUGUGGAGUAUUUGUAUUUCUGUGAACAUACAGCCAAUCACUUUCUAGGCUUAGUUUUUUCUGUGUGCUUAGUUUUAAAAACACAGUUUCAAAGAAAAAGUCAAUUAUAUGGUGUGACUCAAUCUUUCAGGAGACUUCUAGUCACAUUUUGCUGAUCUGGUUUCUGUGCUUGAGGAGACAGCAUGUGUUUUUAUGAGUUCAAACUUGUGACUUGAGUGGCAUCAGCAGAAAACACUUGAACUACUUUUUCUUGUGAUUGUAGCUACAUUUUUGCCCUGGCAUUUAUUGAUUUUUUUUUUUAAUUAUUAUUAUUUCUUUUUUAUUUUUUCCCCUGCUUCCUUGUGUGAUUAUCAGUCUGCAGUGAAAAUUUGAUCAAAGUUGAUGUUGUAUUUUGUUAAGCUCCAGCAUGCUUGGUUUUUUUGUAACUACAAUCUCCUCAGCAAAAUGUGAUGUUUUUGUUUUAAUCUUUCAAACUAAGAUAGUGCCCAGAGAUGGUUUGCAUGUUUCCCGCUGUUUUCUUCACACCCUCGUAUAUAUCACCUUCACCUCUCUGUUUUCUAUAGUUUGUGCAAAAACUGAGCAAUUUCAUGGGUUUGAAAGGUAUCCUUUAAAUUGGUGGUUUUGGUAUGACAAAUAUCUGAUCAGAAGCCACCUGAGGGCAUCUACCUGUGCACUUAGACUGUCUGCCUGACAGAGCACCUGGACCGUGUUCCAUCUCUAGUGCUGUCAGAGGCUCCCAGGGGCUUGGUUGCACUGUUCCUGAAGUGGAAGCUUUGGUGGAAGGGGAUAACUGGGGAGCAGGAAGGUGGGGAAACUUCACAAUAUUUCUGUUUCCAAAGUUAUCUGAAGCAAGGGCUCCUUUGAAACACUCUUUAUGAGCAUUUUGUAUAAUUCAGGACACAUUAUUGUGAAGUCCAGCCCCAGCUUAAUACCAUCGAUCAGACCUUGAUGGUAGGAUCCUGGAAGGAUCAAGGUUCACUCUUGAAAUAAAGUGUUUGAAAUAUCCCAGAGAAAGCAUUUGUAAACCUGGUCCUACAACUGCUGGCUCUUUUCCCAAGUGACAAGCACAAUACAACAGCCUCUGAAGCUGUUACCUGAACAGGGUACCAUCCCCAGCUCUCUUCUUAAGGGCCUUAGCUGGGGAAUCUCUACGGAGAUUUUUUAGUUUUUGUUUAGUUUUUAAUUGGGUAAUGAGCUAAGCAGUUUUUCUGACUUGCAGGAUGAACUAGAACAGGUUACUGCUUUCUGGGUAGCAGGCUUCCCCCUACCUUAUAUACUAGCUGCACAGGUAGAAACUGGCAUGUAACUUCUAGACGAAGGCAGCUGAAGAGUGCGUGCUGUGAUGAAGUUUCAGUCAGGAGGAGAGGCAAGCUAGCGUAGGUAUCUUAACAUUUGAUAGUAAUGUGAAAUGAAAUCCCAGGCGAAGGGGUUUUGUUGGGAAAACAGAUUUUGUUUGAUUGGAUAGAAAUUUUACUUUUUUCCAGUGUUUGGGAUAAUGCAAAGACAUGAAAGGAAUUUUUUUUUCUAUCCUGCUCCUGUGUUUGCUGAGGAUACUAUAUUCUCAAUAGAUAUUGGCUAGACUCGUGUAGACAGUCCUCAAUCUGCUUAUAAGACAGAACAUGUUUGAAUACGAUACAUACACCUGGGAGGGAAGCAUGAGGCUGGAUGAGAAGAGGAUAGAGACUUGUUUAUUUGGGAUGUUGUGGGCUGGCUGCUGUUAGUCCCACAGUCUGAAUGCACAGGGCUGUGAGGCAGUGGGGGGCACUGAUACCCUGCAGUGUAUUGAGUAGCUGCCAAUACGUUUCUGUACGUGCACAUUUGGUUCCAUAAGGAACUUUGGGGAAACCUGUGGAAAAAUAUCUGAAGAAAACCAAAAUGCCAAACGUUGGAUGUUUCUUUCCUUUCUUCUUUCCUUUUCUUCCUUUGGUUGUUUUAAUUGUUCUGUGGUGGUUUUAAUGGAUUUGAGAUAGUGGAGCAGCAGCUGCCUUUCUGAUUUUUGGCUGCUUUUUGUGAAUAAUUUAAAAAGAAAAUUUACAUUUUGGAGACAAACCUGUGGGCUUUUUUAUUGGUACAAACAUUGUAUUUAACACUAGGGGUUUUGUACAGUUUUUUGCCUUUUCUACUAGAAAACAAUGUGAUGAGAAAACAAAUUGCCACUAUGACCAAAUGUAGAGUCUGUUCUGCAGUAACGGGAUUUAAUCAACUCGAAGUCGUGGUUCAGUCGUAGAAAUGCUUUUCUUUACCUUGUUUGAGCUGUUCCUUUUUUUUCCUGUUUUGAUUUGCAAAACAAAAUGUCUUUUUGUGUGAAAUUGUGUUGUACUCUGUAGAGAAUUACAGAUUUUACUUCAAUGGUUUAAAAAGCAGAGGAGCACUAGUUGCUUUUCUGAUCUGAUCACAGAGUUUGUGUAGUGGAUUUAAAAAUGAAAAGAUUUGUAACAAGUUUGGAAUGAAGCGAGUAUGUGUUAAAGGAAUUUUCUUCCUUUUGUGUGUGUGUUUUUUUUUCUUUUUGUCCCAAAGGGCAACUUAAAGCUGUUUUAAUUGCACAGACACACUGACAACAAGUCAUUUUGUAUAUGCCAAGUGUGGUACCUUCCUUUGUUUAU